AUGUCCUCCAAUUCCGAAAAGACCCUCCGCCCCCUCUCCCGCUUCAUAACCACCCACGACUCCUCAGGAAAAGCAAUCUUCUCCACAGCCCUCUCGGAGAAAAUGCCUGUCUCCCCAAUCCCCGACGGCGCCGACUUCUCCCUCGCCUACACAACCUCCACCUACCCCGCAACGCUCUCCUCCGACGCUGACAUCAAAUCCUACGCCUCGUACCUCGAGCCCGGAGGUAGCCCGGGCCUCGUCAUCUCCUCUGGCACCGUCUGCCGCAUCGUAGAUAUGCAGCCGAACGCUCUGAGCCCGAUGCAUCGGACUGUGAGUUUGGAUUAUGGGGUCGUCCUUGAGGGUGUUGUUGAGCUUGUGCUGGAUAGCGGGGAGACGAGGGUGUUGCAUCGUGGGGAUGUGGCGGUUCAGAGGGGCACGAAUCACGCGUGGAGAAAUGUGACGCCGCCUGUCAAGGGGGAGGAUGGCGUUGUUAGGGAGCAGUGGGCGCGCAUGUUGUAUGUGCUUCAGCCGGCGGAGAAGGUUAGUGUUGACGGGAAGGAAUUGGGGGAGGAGCUCGAUGGAAUGGGUGUUCCCAGUAGUAAAUAGACUCUAUAAGAGUGAUUUAUUUGAAAGCAAGAACAGAGAUAGCUUUCUUUCUUGAAUGCGGAUGUGUUGAAGGGAU